UNAACGGCACUACUGGAUCAAAAAUGGGACAAGAUAUUCUUCACGGGUGGAGCAAGAGUUGCUGGCAUUAUAAUGGCUGCAGCUGCGAGGAAUCUUACUCCAGUGGUUCUAGAACUUGGUGGAAAAUGCCCAGCUCUUGUUGAUUCAGAUGUUAAUCUACAAGUGGCUGCUAGGAGGAUUAUCGCAGGGAAGUGGGCUUGUAACAAUGGACAGGCUUGCAUUGGCGUCGAUUACGUGAUCACAACAAAGGAUUUUUCAUUGAAAUUGAUAGAUGCUCUGAAGACUGAACUGAAGACAUUUUUUGGGGAAACACCAUUAGAAUCAAAGGACCUGUCACGGAUUGUGAAUUCUUUCCACUUUAAACGGUUGGAGAGUAUGUUAAAAGAGAAUGGAGUCGCCAACAAAAUUGUUCAUGGAGGCCAAACGAUCGAAGAGAAGCUUAAAAUAUCUCCAACGAUAGUAGUGGAUGUGCCGGAAGCAUCUUCCAUAAUGCAAGAAGAGAUAUUUGGACCAUUACUUCCUAUAGUUACCGUUGAAAAGAUUGAAGAUGGCUUUCAGGUUAUACGUUCAAAGCCAAAGCCUUUAGCAGCGUAUCUCUUCACAAACAACAAAGAGUUGCAGGAACAAUUCGUGCAGAGCGUGUCUGCUGGAGGAAUUAGCAUCAAUGACACUGUCUUACAUGUAACUGUAAAAGAUCUACCAUUUGGAGGGGUCGGGGAGAGCGGGAUUGGGGCUUACCAUGGCAAAUUCUCGUAUGAGACGUUUAGCCACAAGAAAGGUGUUCUUUACCGAAGCUUUUCCGGGGAUGCGGAUCUUAGAUAUCCUCCUUACACACAGAAAAAGAAGAUGGUGCUGAAGGCUUUGCUCUCUUCAAACAUAUUUGCUGCCAUUUGGGCUUUCUUUGGGUUCUCUCAAGACUCUUCAUGAUCACAUGUGAUAAUCACUGUAACUUGAUGGCAUUAUACAAGCUUAUAAAGUUGAAUACUUCCAUAGAGAUAUAAAGGAUCAAUGUGAAAAUUAGGUUAUAAAUAAAAAUGCUUAUAUUUACUUUACA